AUGACUCGCAGGACCCUUUCUCUCGCCCUGCUUCUAUCGCGCCAGUCAGACGUACAUGGAGGCUUGGUGGCGCUCUUGUGGUACUGGUGGCUCACUGCUCUCUACACGGGAGCCACCGGGCGUCCACUCAUGUACUGGCGUGAAAGCAUUGAGACACCUCAUUUCUUUCUACCUCCCCUCGCCCUUGCCUUCUUCCUUCCCUUCCAUACACUCCUCGCCUCCUCUGCCCUCACGCCAACGUACAUCAACGGAGGCCCGGUGGCGCUCGUGUGGUACUGGUGGCUCACAGCUCUCUUCACUCACUGCGUCGCCCUCACUUUCGCGGAAGUUUCCUCCUCCUUCCCUAUCUCAGGUUCGCUCUACUUUUGGGCGGCAGCUCUUGCUGGCCCAAAGCACGGCCCCUUUGCCGCCUGGAUCACCGGCUGGUUGGAGUUCUUUGGCAUAUCUGUGGGGCUGGGCGGCGUGGCCUUUGGGGGCGUGCAGCUGCUACAGUACACCAUCUAUGCUGCUACAGGGGGUGCCAAUAACGGGGGCUACUUUCUCAGCAACUACGAGUGCUUUGGGAUCACAGCGGGCAUGCUUAUAAUGGGGGGGCUGCUCACCUCACUGCCGAUUAAAGUGAUUGGACGAAUCAACGUCUUCACUGCGGUCUGGCAGAUAGUCCUCACACUCGUGAUCAUCGUGCUGCUGCCGUGUGUGGCUGUCACCACCCAACCUGCCUCGUUUGUCUUCACUCACUAUCACGUGCAGCUCAAUCAGAGCCAACUGCCUAAUGCCGCAUAUGCCUUUGUGGUGGCCCUUCAACUCUCCCUGUACGGCCAGUACAGCUACGACACUGUAGCACACAUGGCAGAAGAGACAAAGCACGCCGACCGCAUGAUCCCGCUAGCCAUGGUGUCGUCCCUCUCGUGUGUGUGCGUGCUGGGGUGGGGGCUGCUCGUGUCCCUCACCUUCUGCAUUCAGAGCGACGACCGGCUGUUGGGGACAGACAACGAGACAGGGGGGGCGUACCCUGUGGUUCAAAUCAUUUGGGACGUGUUCUUUCGCCGCUACGGCAGCGGCACAGGGGCAGUCAUCAUCCUCUGCUGCAUGUCCCUCGCGUUCUUCCUCGGGGUUGUCGGCGGCCUCACAGGCGCAUCCCGAGCGCUCCCCUUUGCCUCUCUCUGGCGCCGGGUCAACCGCAGCCGCACGCCCAUCUACGCUGCCUACUCCCUGUCUCGUGACUCAGGCCUCCCGUUUGCCUCUCUCUGGCGCCGUGUCAACCACAGCCGCACGCCCAUCUAUGCCGUCUGGCUCUGCUGCAGCAUCGCCAUCCUCUUCUCUCUCCCCCUCCUCGACGACUCAAGCACCUUCCAUUUCAUCACCUCGCUCGCCACCGUGGCGUGGGUGGGAAGCUACGCUGUGCCUAUCUUCUUCCGGCUCAUUCAAAGUGAUGAGGACUUUGAGCCUGGGGCGUUUAGUCUUGCCCCCUACGUCGGCCACACGGGAAGGUGA